GCCAUCGUAGUUGGCAUUGCAAUAUUUGCCUCAUAGAUUUCAUUUUCCCCGUCCGCUUUCGGAUUUCUCAGUCGAUGCUUGACUAUUGAUAAGUGAAGAGCUGAUUUGAAUUAACCUCGCUUGCAGCAUGGCGCCACGCAAGGCUAAGCAACCGAAGGAGGAGGUGCAGGUGUCGCUCGGACCGCAGGUGCGCGAUGGCGAGAAUGUUUUUGGCAUUGCUCACAUCUAUGCCAGCUUCAAUGACACCUUCGUGCACGUAACGGACCUGUCCGGCCGCGAAACUAUCGCACGUGUCACCGGCGGCAUGAAGGUCAAGGCGGAUCGUGACGAAUCAUCGCCAUAUGCGGCCAUGCUGGCCGCCCAGGAUGUGGCCGAGCGCUGCAAGGCUUUGGGCAUCACGGCGCUGCACAUCAAGCUGCGUGCCACAGGCGGCAACAAAACCAAGACACCCGGACCCGGCGCCCAGUCUGCGCUGCGCGCCCUGGCCCGCUCGUCAAUGAAAAUCGGCCGCAUCGAGGAUGUGACGCCCAUUCCAUCGGACUCCACUCGCCGCAAGGGCGGCCGUCGUGGUCGCCGUCUCUAAUGUGUCUCCAUAUGAAUGCCUGUGCAUUCCGUUUGCCUCUUUUUUGUUGAAAACUGAAUUAAUGACUGCAUAUUAAAUGCCAUUUUCAAUAUCCCA